GGCCGAUGAAGACCCGGUAAGAGCCCUUCAGAUGGUUCACGAUGCGCUUUGAUUGAUCCCCACCGAGCGGAGAGCGUAGGAAUGGAAACAAUGACUUACCCACAGGCACUCACUCCGCCGUCCUCUCCGCUCUCUCCCUCUGGCAUUUUGCCCGUCUUUGCGCUUUUCCUUUCUUCCCUCUUUUCCUUCUACACAUCCAAUCCUCCAUUCUACAACCUCAUCCUCAUCAAUUCCUCCCGCUAACCAUCCACUCCCUUACAAGUCUCUCUCAAUCCCAUCCUCGCGCUCAUUUGCCGCGGACCCUCCCUCCGAAGCGGUGAAUACUCCACCACCUCCUCCACCGACCAUCGGCUUCACCGUCAACCCUCCCUCCAAUCCCAAUUCCAAUUCCAACACCCCAACAGCAACAAUUCACCUCCCCCCGCACACAAUUAUGGGCAACGACUCCGCAGCCAACACCCCCGCCGCUGAUUCCACCGCCUCGGCGCCCAUGCGGCCCGGAGGCGCGCCGGCUCGCGUGUACAUGAACGAGCGGAUCGUGCCGUACCUGCUGGAGGGAAUGAAGGUUGUUGCGAAGGAGCAACCGUCGAACCCGCUGCGCGUGCUCGGCGAAUUCCUCAUCCAGAAGAGCAGCGAGGUAGAGGGCGGCGGCGCGGGAGGCGCGAACAAGACGCCCGAGUAAAGGAGGCUCGGAUCGGUUCGGAUUGACCGGUCUGGUCAUUUUUGUUGAAGUGUUCAGCGUGGGUGGCUUCUUCGUCUAUCUGUUCGUCUGCUGCUACUUGCCCACGUACCUGCCGUUUACUGUGUCUGUGUCCGUGUCUGGCUUUGCGCGAACAGCUUGCUCAGAUGGACGUGAGUGGAUA